CAUUGCAAAUCGUUUAUAAAAGGCCAGUGUUAUAUCAACCAAUCUAUCUGCAUGUGUCACGUGUUAUACACUUGAAUGUUCUUCCUGGUCCUGUCCCACGUUGUUUUAGGUGACACUGUGAUCAGCUCUGCCAGAUGAUAAAAUGUCUGUUCAUAGCUUCGUCGCCCUUGGUUCUUGUUUUAUGCUGAUAUUUGGUUUUAGCACAGGACUUCGAGAAAAUGCCACUAACGUGGUUACGAGGACAACGUAUUCCCAGGUGAGAUACACAACAAAGUGCGGUACAUGGGGCUGGAGUCGUUGCACCAGAUACAGGCGGGGGUCGUCUAAAACAUUCCACUGCAGGACUGGGUACAGAUCAACUGACAAUAUUGGGUGUCCACACGCGUGCACCGCCAUCAGCAACUGUGACCUAGAGACGUGCACCAGCAGCAGCAACCAGGUGUGUAGUCGCUGUGAGGGGGUCGUGUCGGAGCAGGCAGGACACAGGGCAUAUGUGAAAUCUUCAACAAGGAAAUCUUGCAUACAGGCGUGUUCCUGGCGGAGUGACAGCACCUGGUGUUAUCCCGGGACCUGCAGGAACGAGUACGCCAGCAACUGUGCCUGCUCCAGUGGAUUCACAGGGAAACACUGUCAGACAAUUACAGCGAAGCCCACGAUAAACUCCAACCUCCUACGACUGACCGCCAGUAAUGGGGACGUGGCCGAGGCACCUCCCAACAUCAGCAAUGGUCCAUCUCAGUCCACCAGCUGGUCCAACAUCAACUCCCCAUCCAGCAUAUACUACAAGUUCACAGCCGAAUAUAGAACAGCUCCUCCUGCCAGACAUGCCUUCGUUGAACGUUUCACAGUGGGCAUUGUUGGUGGUAAUACUUCCUUCAAACUAAGAGGUCAAAUUGCCUCCUUUCCAUGUGGAGGAGUCAGCAGCAGCAGCCCGAACACAGGCCCGUACACCUGUGAGUUAAGCAGAUCAUGGGCGUCUGUACUACAUGUGCCUCUACCCUUGCAACACAGAGAUGUCAUUGAGAUAUCCAACAUGGCCACCAAUGGAGGGUAUGUAAAGAUCCGGAACAAGGAGAGUAACACACUAGCAACCCACUACUACAUCGGUGCUACACAGACCCACACCCUUACUAUGACCAUAGACCUGGUGGCUCCCUAUCACUGUACUGGUUCUACUGCCUGUGUUGGCAGCAUGUUGUCAGCUCCCAAUGUGAUCACAGCUCCGACAGUGAACCUCCGCUGGGGUGGCUGGUCAGAUGCUGAUGCAGGUGUUGACCACUUUGUGAGGGAGGUGUAUGAACUCAGAGCUGUUGGGGAUGAACUCAGAGAUAAACGUUUAGUCGACACUAAGACUGUCAACAGGUCAAAGGAGACAGACAUCUUCGUAUUACCUUCAGUCGGGGUGUACUCAGUUGUCCUGUCUGCCUAUGACAAGGCAGGUAAUCACAGAAGUGCCAGACGGAUCCUGAUAUAUGAUGGUACGUCGACUGUAACAACUCAGGAUAAUAAAGAACUCCGUGUGACGACAGCAUCAGCAGCAACGUCAGAGUGGCAAACGACGUCAUCAACAGUGACAGUGGACUGGACCAACAGAUACAUCAACACAGUACAUCACAACAACAAGUGGCUCCAUGGGGUGGCUUCCAGUGGUGGUGUCGGCUCGGACUAUGAUGACAACGAGGGUGUCAGAAGUGUGGCUGCAACCAAAAAUGUUCAAGGUAUCACCAGUUUCCGAACAUCUUACAAAAUCGACCAUAAAGGGGGAUCGUACCUCACCAGACCACCGGCUGAUAACGUUUUCACAAAACAAGGUCUGAGUCAGUCACAAACAAUAACACCCUCAUUAGUGGAUGGGGACACCGUACGCUUCUGGGUGCAUGCCUAUGACAUCAAGUCGGAUGUGAAGGAAGAGCACGUGACAGUCCACAUCGACACAUCACCUCCAGUCAUAGAGUACCUGUGGCUCUCCAGAAACGACAGCCUCAACAUCAGCGUCUAUCGGGUGGAGGAACUUAAUGAUGUGAUAAUGGAAUGGGACAUGUCCGAUGAACACAGUGGAGUGGAAAUGGUGGAAUGGAGAAUCGUAGAAAAACGACAAGAUGAAGACAUUGUGCUGACUGUCCAUGACAUCUCUAUUCAAAGCCAUCGUACCAUGGAUGACUGCAACACCAUGUAUGACACAAGGGAUGGUAACUGUUAUUGUACUCCCGACGGCAGAUGUUAUCAUCCCCACUUCCAUGUGAAACCUUCACACGACGACAUAAGGGAAGUCAGGUCAGCUGAUGGAAAGGAAUACUGUUUUGAAGUCACAGUUACAAAUCAUGCUAAACUCAAAACUGAACAUGAAGUAAAGAUCACAAUGGACGCAAGCCCCCCUCAUUCUGGCAUUGUCCACGAUGGCCAGUCUGGGCACCCGGAAGUGGACUACCAGGACAGCCUACAACUCAAUGCCCACUGGGACGGGUUCUUUGACAACGAGAGCGCAAUCGCCUUUUAUCAGUACACCUUCGGUCCCAGAUGUUUACAAGGAGACCUGUUUGACCUAAAUAAAACCAAAAACAUGGAAUCAACACACUCGACCGAAGUCACAUGGACAGCACCUUCUUGUGGAAAGUUUUAUGUAACUGUUGUUGCUUAUAAUGGACCUCAGCAGAGAAGCGAUGCCGUUUGUUCUGAUGGAGUUGAGACGUGUAAAGCUAAUCCAGUGGUCGGAAAAACCCUUGUACCGAUAGUGUCGGGGACUGUGUCCGCCGUGGUUGCAGGUGCUGCCAUCAUCAUUGGAGUUGUUGUCUGGAAGAGGAAACAAAGACGUCAACCGGAGAAGACUGACCAAACUGUGUACUACAACAUAAGGCUACCAACACGUGUUAAACCUAAACAGAUAAAACCUCGGGCCAACAGAAGUCAACCUGAAGCCAGCUGCAGGACGUAUGACACGCUUGACUUCAACGCAGGCCCUGAUGAAGAAGCAUAUGGUUCUAUACAGAUUCGUGGGUCGGGUGAAACAAGCAUAUAUGAACCCAUUGAAAGUCCUAUAUAUGUAAACUGUGGCGGUACGUCGAGGUUUACACCACGCGUGACGUUCAACAGUACAUGAAAUGACAUAUACGAAGACGUCUGAACACAGAAUGUACUGCCACACAAACAUCACUCUCAAUCAUAAUCUUUGUUAAGAAAACAUAUACAAACCUCUGUUAAACAAGCGUGGGGAUACCAUGGUUUAAAAAAGUUCCAAGCAACCUAUGAUUGUAUUGGGCGCGACUCAAUUAAUCGGGUGCCCAGGCUUGUUCAUUGUGUGUCACUGUAACCCGACGACGUGGAUCUCUUCUCAUUAUGUCAAUCACUGGAUUGUCUAGAGCAGAUUCGAACAUUGUCACACAGCGGUCAAAUACAUGUACAUUUACCUGGAUACGGCUGAGGCUUACAAGAAACAAAUAGAGAAAUAUUAGUCUGGCAACUUUAAAUAACAAUGUUAUGUCGAGUGCCAUUAAAAUACAUGUAUCGGAUGGAUACAGAUAAAAUCAUAUCCCCUGGAAAGAAAACAUCCAACUGAUUCACCCAAGAUGCAAACCCUCAGCAAAAAUAUAGCGAUCUGUUUUGCUUAGUCUCUCAUUUCCCGACAGUCCUAAAUUACAGCAUCUCUAGACAAAAAUAACAAGGAUUACUGUAAAUACAUUGAUUCACUGGAAUCAUCGCGCACUGGACAAAAGUGCCAAGAAUAUUCGUUUUCGUAAACGUGGUCAUCUGUAUUUUGUCGGUAUUCGAAGAAGGGAAGCAUUUCUUUCAAGGUGUUUGUAUUUUUCUUUUUUGUUAGAUCUCCAUUUUUCUGGUCCUGCGAUACAGCAACUGCUCCACAACGAAUAUAUCAAUGGAGUGAGUUUACUGGGAAAUGCACUUUUGGAAAAUGCUCAAAAUUACGAACCAGGUAUUACACAUAAUUUGACACACAAUAGUCGUAUUCUCGACAAUGAAACGGCUUUUCAAAACAAACAAUAUUUUCUGCUACCUGCCCACCCCUUCUACAAUUGUGCAUCGACGUCGACAUUCACAAUAAUGAAUCACAUUAACCUUCACAACUUGCUGAUUAUUGUUGGAACUGCGCGCCCAUUGAACGUAAGGCGAUUAAUAUAUGUUGAUAUGGUCAUAUGAUAUAAUAUGACGUUUUUAUCACUUUGAGAUUGCAUAAUUAUUAAUGGAGAACCAGAGACUUUGAAAUGCAAAUGUAGAAUACCCUAAUUAUAUAUAUACGUUUUCAAACUAAACUUGUUAAACUUGUGUUAAAUAGAGAUUUUUUGGUAUUUGUCACCUUAAGGAUUUUCAGUAUAGCUCCGUGCACCGGCUCGUUAGUAUUUUUAAUAUCUGUUAACCAAAAUAUUAAUAGCCAGUUGUUUUUAAUGGUAUAAUCAUAUCGCGAUAUUCUUUCUCUGUUUUAGUGUCAUAUUGUUUACACGAGCCAUGUCUUUGUUAUCACAUCCAUUCCAAUAGCUGUAUUUCCCCACAGCUGACUUCACCUCCCUCUCCUUAAUCCAGUUGGUUUUAUCGUCAUCUUGACCUUUUUUAUAUAUGAAAACACACACUUGCGCACACGCACACGCACACGCACACGCACUGUGUUUAUAUUAACUGGACAUAGACAUAUUCAGUACAGUAUUCACUUAAUGGAAGGGCAAGGGGUUGCCUAGAAAAGGCGUAACAAACAAUACAGAAGUCAAAUAAAAUAGAAUUACUAAGUCGACUUGAAGUUCACCCAGAUGCAGUGGUAAUCUACGUUGUAUUAUACAGCUACCAUAAACGAGCUGUGCAACUACAACAUUAUGUGUUAUUGGUAAUAACGUCGGAUUGACAGAAGUAUUCAUCUACCCAUCUACUUGCUCAACGUCAUGGUUUGUUUCAAAGGUCGAACGAAUUCUUAAAGAUCAAUUUAUUCACAAGUAGCGGGAAAAUAUUCUAUGGAGUUCCAAAGGUAUAUAUUACCAACAUUUUAAAAUGUUUCCAAAAUUUGAAAAUGUUCUAUUACUUCCGAAAUACUGUGUAUUACCAAUUCCAUAAUUUCACAUAUCAAAUCAUUAUUCACAAAUCAUUCCCAGGGCGCUCUUAUAUCUUGCCUACUAUGUGUGAAUUACCAAGAUCUGUUCACCUAAACUUUUGUGUCCAGAUUCACUGUACAUUAUUACGUAAAUGUGUCUAAAUCACUUUAGUAUGUUUCCAUUAUUAUCUAUAUUGAAUAACUAUUUGUGUUGUAUAUAUACUCUUGUACAACCGUUUUUGGGUGCUUUUGUGAAAAUAAA